AUGUUUUUUUCUUUUUUUCCUCGUGCAGAGAAAAAAAAGAAGCCUCGAACCAUGUUACAAUUUGUUAGAACCAAUCCAUUCUUUGUGAUGCUAGCUACCAUUCCGUCUCUUUGUAAUCAUUCGGUCACGUCUACGAUCUAUCUAAGUCCAUUUCUCAUCUCGGUACCUCUGUCUCUCCAUCUGUCUAUCCCAACUAUCUAUCUCAGUCCAUUUCUCAUCUCUCUUUCUCUCGGUCUCUCUCUCUCUCUCUCUCUCUCUCUCUCUCUUUCUCUCCAUAUUCUUUUAAAAUCUAUCUAUCUAUCUAUCUAUCUAUCUAUCUAUCUAUCUAUCUAUCUUAGUCCAUUUCUCAUUACACACACUCUCUUUCUCUCUCACACGGUCUGUCUCUCUCCAUCUGCCUAUCUAUCUAUCUAUCUAUCUAUCUAUCUAUCUAUCUAUCUAUCUAUCUAUCUAUGUCAGUUUAUUUCUUAUCUAUCUUGCUUUCUCUAUCUAUCUCAAAUCUAUCUCAGUUUAUUUCUCAUCUCUCUCUCUCUCUCUCUCUCUCUCUCUUGGUUUGUCUCUCUCCAUCUGCCUAUCUAUCUAUCUAUCUAUCUAUCUAUCUAUUUAUCUAUCUAUCUACCUCAGUUUAUUUCUUAUCUAUGUCACUCUCUCUAUCAAUCUCAGUGUUUUGGAAUCUAA